AUGCAUAAGGGCCUUCGUCAAGGCGACCCUUUGGCGCCUUUCCUUUUUGUAAUUGUGGCGGAGGGGCUUAAUGGUUUAGUAAAAAGGGCUGUCUUGUGUAAUAAGCUUAAGCCAGCUCGCGUGGGGAAGCAAGCACCUAUUGAAGUCUCUUGCCUACAGUUCGCUGAUGACACCCUCUUCAUAGGAGAAGCCUCGGCUCAAAAUGUAGUGGUGUUCAAGUGUAUCCUCCGGUGCUUCGAGCUAGUGUCGGGACUUAAGGUGAACUUUAGCAAGAGCAAAUUGGCUGGGAUCUCGGUGGCUGGUAAUCUUUUGAGGAGGUACGCUGCGGUGAUGAACUGUAGGAUCAUGUCGGUUCCCUUUUCUUAUCUCGGUCUUCCGGUUGGAGGCAGUCCUUGUCGAUUGUCCUUUUGGGAUCCGGUGAUUCUAAGAAUACAAAAGAAGCUGUCAAAUUGGAGGCGGAACUCUUUAUCCUUCGGUGGCAGAAUCUGUCUAAUAAGGAGUGUUUUAGCCUCAAUCCCUUUGUACUUUCUGUCAGUGUUCCGAAUGCCAGUGGGAAUUAGAAAGAAAUGUAAGAGCUUGAUGAGGGGUUUCCUUUGGGGUGGGAAGGAGGGGGAGAACAAGAUGGCUUGGGUGAGUUGGGAUGUGAUUUGUAAACCGAAAGCUAUGGGAGGUCUCGGGCUGAGAGAUUAG